AUGGCCGACAGUGAGCGACAGUCCCACGGCCAAACGGAGUCUCUCUCACGAGUCGAUACAGAGGAGACGUCCGAUCAUGAUGAGCCUACCAGCACUCGACCAAGCGCCCUCGAACGCUUCUCAUCUAUCGUAGGGGACUCUACGAUGCCUGAUCCCCAGGCUGAAGAUGACCAAAUGUCCAGGGUGUCCAGCGGGCCGGCCUACAGCACCUUUUCGCCGGCGAUGAAGACAUGGAUCACGGUCAUGCUCUCUGUAGGGAGCUUCAUCUCGCCCAUGACCGCGAACAUCUACUUCCCAGCUCUCAACCCGAUUGCAGAAGAUCUAGGAGUCUCACUCAGUCUGGUCAACUUGACCCUGACAACAUACAUGAUCUUUCAGGGGUUGGCACCGACGCUUUUUGGUGAUUUCGGCGAUAUGGCUGGGCGACGACCAGCGUAUAUUGUCGCCUUCACCAUUUAUUUGUUUGCCAACAUUGGCCUUGCGCUGCAGAGGAACUAUGCGGCCUUGAUGGUGCUCCGGUGCGUCCAGAGCUUUGGAUCCAGUGGCACCAUCGCCCUGGGAUUCGCCAUGGUCGCUGAUAUUGCGCCUCCCGCGGAAAGGGGGCGAUACAUUGGCUACCUGGGCGCAGGUAUCAAUGUCGGGCCUGCCAUUGGACCUUUUCUCGGAGGCAUUCUGAGUCAGUAUCUUGGCUGGCCGUCGUUGUUCUGGUUCCUGGCGAUUGUCGUCACAGUCUGGCUGGUUCCUUGGAUCCUGACUGUUCCUGAGACGUGUCGCAACGUUGUUGGAAAUGGCAGCACCCCGGCGCAGUCGUGGAAUUUGCCAGUGAUACAGUACUUUGGAAAGCGCAAGAGCAGUCAAGAGCACGCCGAGACCCGAAAGCUGCGCUUCCCCAACCCCAUACGGACACUCGCUGUCGUGUUUGAGAAGGAGAUGGGCCUGAUCCUCAUUCUCAAUUCCCUUCUCUAUGUUGGCUUCAUCCUGACGGCCGCAACUCUGGGCACUCAAUUCAAGGAGAUCUAUGGUUACAAUGACUUGCAGGUUGGGUUGUGUUACCUUCCGUAUGGUGGCGGUUCGAUGAUGGCAGUUAUUGCGCAGGGAUACAUCCUCGACUGGAACUAUCGCCGUAUUGCCAAGAAAGCCGGCAUCACUAUCAGUCGCCGGCGAGGCGAUGACCUGCGCGACUUUCCUAUCGAAACUGCACGAUUACAGCCCAUUUAUCCAGCCAUGUUGCUAGGAGCCGGCGCGCUAGUUGGGUACGGCUGGGCACUGCAGGUCGAGACGAGUGUUGCAGCACCGCUGAUUCUUUCCUUCCUAAUUGGUGUGGUCGUACCGACAUCAUUUCAGACUCUGAACACUCUCAUCGUCGACAUCUUCCCAAAAGCUCCCGCCACGGCGACAGCGGCUAACAACCUUGUCCGUUGUUUGGUAGGAGCCGCUGGCGCGGCAGUUAUUGAGCUCGUGAUCCAAGGUAUCGGGCGGGGAUGGACAUUUACUAUCAUGGCGUGUCUGGUCCUGAUUUGCGUACCGGGGCUUCUCUUUGUUGAAAGACAUGGGCCUAAAUGGCGCAAACAGAAGCUCGCGAAGACCGAGGCGCCAGCAUCAACGCCACGAGAAAAGUAG